AUGACAUCGAAACUUCCUCCUCGUCCGGUGGUCGCCGUUGUGGGGACAACGGGCGUAGGCAAGUCACAGCUGGCGGUAUCUUUAGCAAGAAGCCUCAAGGAAACAGACGAUAUUCGAAAAGCUGUGAUUUUGUCUGCAGACUCGAUGCAGCUGUACAAGGGGCUAGAUGUUAUCACGAACAAAGUCACCGAGGAGGAGAAAGGGGGUGUCGAGCAUUGGGGGCUUGACGUUGUUCAGCCGGGCGAAGGGGGUAGUUGGGAAUUGGGCAGAUGGUGCAAAGAAGCAGAGCGCAAGGAGGCACGUGCCUCAAAUCCUCUGGCUACACGAUGGACACCUCCCGGUCCGUGCCCUCCGACACCCGCAAGCAUGUCCCCGGAACUUCGUAGGCUGUUAGACACCUUCUGGACAACUGAGGCUUCAUUUCCUGAAGCGGACUCUGCUGCCGCCGAGUCUGUGGGCACAUCCCCUUGUUCGCGACCUACCAUAACCAACAAUCACGAGCUGUUAUGCUUGUGGCAAGUCUUGGAUUGUAUCGAUCCCGAUGAAGCCAAACGGUGGCACUGGAAGGACGGAAGGAAAGUCCGAAGGGGCAUCGAAAGGUGGUGGGAACGGGGUGGCCGCAAAGUCGAACCACAGACCUUUACGAUGAGGGGUGCUACAGAAGGUCGGCAAGCUAGAACGCUCCUGUUCUGGGUCUAUGAAAGCAUGGAUUCCCUCAAGCCCAGGCUUGAUGGCCGUGUCGAUCGCAUGGUCGCGAACGGCCUCCUGCGAGAGAUAGAAGAACUUCGCCAGAUCGCAAUCCAUUUGUAUGGGUCUGCACAGAACACAGAUCACUCAGAAGGUAUCUUUCAAGCCAUCGGUCAGUGCAAUGUAGGAACCGAGCUUACAGCAGGCUACAAAGAAUUUGCCAAUCUUCACCUACCUCAGGAGCAUCCAGAGACGGAUAAGCAGUUCCAGACGAUGCUGGAUCGCAUGAAAGUGUCAACCCAUCAAUACGCCAAGUCGCAAAUUAAGUGGAUAAAGAAGCAGCUGCUGCCAGCGGUCAAGGAGGCGCGAGAUCUGGGAGGGGAUGUUCAUCUAUAUGUCGUACCCGGAGGGCCGGCUGGGGAAGCCAUUGCUCGAACAGUCCUCGAUGGCAAGACCCUUCCAGACCCUCAGACAACUGGUCACCCGAAUGCAUCUUUGCUCACUCAGUCGCUCUUUCAGGUCACCGGGCGAAUCCCUGAUACGGCAGAACGUCAGAUCUUGAACGCUCGGAGGGUCUGCGACGUAUGCUCUGAACCAGGGAAUCCAUAUUCCGUUAAAGCAGCGGAGUGGCAAGAGCAUCUGAAGUCAAGGAUACAUCGACGGGAAGAGUGGAUUGAAGAACAACGACGUAAGGGGCUGGCUAAGAAGGCUGCAAGAUCGAAUCUCCGCGAGAAUGGCAGUAUAACAGAGGCGAACCAGGCCUAG